GAUCAGAUACCUGCCCUGUCCAUCGAAUCCAUCACCCCCGAACGCAUCACACUGUCAGACGGACUCGUGGUGACGAGCGGCCUGAUAUUGGUCAAUGGUAGCUGUUUCAUGUGGGAUGCUCCGCCGCUUGAUUCAGACAAGGCGCUACCGAGUGGGGUUGGUUGGGAAGAGUGGCUGCAAGGAGAGGGAAGAGUAGAGGAGGUCUGGAAGCUCUUCGAAGUGCUUGAGCCCAAGCCUGAGAUUCUUCUCUUUGGUACAGGCUCACGAGUCCUGCCUCUGCCAUCGAAGAUUCGCACUCACAUGGCCGAGCUGGGCAUCCAAGUCGACUGUCAGUCCUCGCAAAACGCAGCAAGCACGUUCAAUGUACUAGCAGAGGAAGGCAGGAAAGUGGCAUGUGCUCUCAUCCCG